UCCGCUUCUCUCCCCCUAACUUCUGCGGUGCGAGAGAGAGCGCGUGUGCCUGAGAGCCUCGGCACACAUCUUAUAUAAAAAAUCAAAAAUACAAAAAAAAAUUCACAAAACAGAAAAAAUACCAACAAAAAUUCUACUUUUAGUACCGAAUACCUCGGUGAAGCAGGAUUCCGCGGACAGAUUUGAGGAGUUUAAUCGCAGGGCAGCACCGCAGUAGGCCUGAGGAGAUUUUAAUCAUCGAUACCGCCAAAACAUCGACGCCAAAUCGGUACCGAACGCGUUUUAAUUCGUCUUUGAGUCUGUUCUUUAAGAGUAUUUGAGCGUGUAAGCGUCUUCGAGGAGGAAAGCGAGCAGUUUUGAUCUCGUCCGUUCGCGUGUGUUCAAUCAGGUCCGCGUUUCAAGCUCUUCGCUUUUCUGUGUGAAAAUGAACCCCAGCGCGCCGAGUUACCCGAUGGCUUCUCUGUAUGUGGGGGAUCUGCACCAGGAUGUGACCGAGGCCAUGCUGUACGAGAAGUUCAGUCCAGCCGGGCCCAUCCUCUCCAUCCGGGUGUGCAGGGACAUGAUGACCCGCCGCUCGCUCGGUUACGCCUACGUCAACUUCCAGCAGCCCGCCGACGCCGAGCGCGCCUUGGACACAAUGAACUUUGACGUGAUUAAGGGCCGGCCCGUCCGCAUCAUGUGGUCUCAGCGAGAUCCGUCACUGCGCAAGAGCGGCGUGGGAAACAUCUUCAUCAAGAAUCUGGACAAGUCCAUCGACAACAAGGCCCUCUACGAUACGUUCUCUGCUUUCGGCAACAUUCUGUCCUGCAAGGUGGUUUGCGAUGAGAAUGGCUCUAAAGGAUACGGCUUUGUUCACUUUGAGACCCAUGAGGCCGCAGAAAGAGCCAUUGAGAAAAUGAAUGGCAUGUUGCUCAAUGACCGCAAAGUAUUCGUCGGUCGCUUCAAGUCUCGCAAGGAGCGUGAGGCUGAGAUGGGCGCCCGCGCAAAAGAGUUCACAAACGUUUACAUCAAGAACUUCGGAGAAGAUAUGGAUGACGAGAAGCUGAGGGAAAUUUUCAGCAAAUAUGGUCCAGCGCUGAGCAUCCGCGUCAUGACCGACGACAGCGGCAAAUCUAAAGGCUUUGGCUUCGUCAGCUUUGAGAGGCACGAGGACGCCCAGAGGGCCGUGGAUGAGAUGAAUGGAAAAGAGCUAAACGGGAAGCAGGUGUAUGUGGGGCGCGCUCAGAAGAAGGGAGAGCGCCAGACGGAGCUCAAGCGCAAGUUUGAGCAAAUGAAGCAGGACCGCAUGACUCGCUACCAGGGAGUCAAUCUUUACGUGAAAAAUCUGGACGACGGCCUCGAUGACGAACGUCUGCGUAAAGAAUUUGCACCAUUUGGUACCAUCACCAGCGCAAAGGUGAUGAUGGAAGGCGGCCGCAGCAAGGGCUUCGGCUUCGUCUGCUUCUCGUCUCCUGAAGAAGCCACUAAAGCUGUGACGGAGAUGAACGGUCGUAUCGUGGCCACCAAGCCGCUGUACGUAGCUCUGGCUCAGAGGAAGGAGGAGCGCCAGGCGCAUCUCACCAGUCAGUACAUGCAGAGGAUGGCCAGCGUCAGAGCCGUGCCCAACCCCGUCCUCAACCCCUACCAGCCAGCGCCGCCCUCCGGAUACUUCAUGGCCGCUAUUCCACAGGCUCAGAAUCGUGCUGCUUACUAUCCCACCAGUCAGCUCGCUCAGCUCCGCCCCAGUCCUCGCUGGGCCACUCAGGGUGUCCGCCCUCAGCAUUUCCAGGGCAUGCCCAACGCUGUCAGGCCCUCGGCGCCCCGUCCACAGACCUUCGGCGCCAUGCGUCCCACCUCCCAGGUCCCGCGGGUGAUCGCGCCCCAGCGCAUGGCGUCUCAGGCCAUGGGCCCUCGUCCCACCGCCGCAGGUGCAGCCACAGGAGCGGCUCAGGUGAGAGGAGUGCCACAGUACAAGUACGCACCUGGAGUCCGCAACCCACAGCAGCACAUGCCCACUCAGCCGCAGGUGCCCAUGCAACAGCCUGCUGUCCACGUUCAGGGUCAGGAGCCUCUGACGGCGUCCAUGUUGGCUGCCGCCCCUCCUCAAGAACAGAAGCAGAUGCUGGGUGAGCGUCUGUUCCCGCUCAUCCAGAACAUGCAUCCCAGUCUGGCUGGAAAGAUCACUGGAAUGCUGCUGGAGAUCGAUAACUCUGAGCUGCUGCACAUGCUGGAGUCUCCGGAGUCCCUGAGGUCAAAGGUGGAUGAAGCGGUAGCGGUGCUGCAAGCUCAUCAGGCCAAAGAAGCUGCCCAGAAAUCAGGCCCCAGCACCGCUGUGCCGGCCGUCUAACACGAGAAUGGUUCUCUUCAGCCCUGUCUUCACCAAGAGGGACACAGUAAAAAGAAAAAGUGAAUAAAUAUCGAAAAACAGAAACUCAAACAGAAAAAAAAUACCAACAUGACAUCCAAAUGUUUUGCCAGGUUGAGAAACUAAAUCUUGACCUUGAUUAUAUUAAAAAAAAAAAAAGUACAAAAAAAUAGAAAACUUUUAAUUUUGAAAAUUCCAAAACAUUCCUUUCUUUUUAUUCCUCUUAAUGAAUGCUCAUUGUCAAUUGUGUUCUGGCAGUUGAUAGCUGAACAUUUGGAAAAGUACAUUGGAUUAAACUGCUUGAAUAAAUAAAACUUUAAACAUU